AGAGGUUAAUAGUUUAUGAGUCAAUCAUGACUUAUUAGUUAUUAAUUUUAACUGAAAUAAAAAUUCCUUACUGCGUACCACUUUUUACUAUUAGUUACUACUUACAACCUAUUUGUCAUAAUUUUAUUUGUCUGUCAUUUUAUAAUUUUUAUAGAGUAUCAUAGAACUUAUAAAUUUCUUCAACAAUUCAAGUUAUGGCAAGCUAUUUUGAUGAACUUCACGUAGAAGAAGAUGAAAUGCCUACUGUUCGUACAGAACGGCUAACAAGAGAAACGUUUAGAAUGCUUUUUGAUCACGAUCCAGCACGAUAUGGUGAUAUGAUCAAUUUUCAAAACACACCUCCUGCAUCUAAAUCAGAAAUAGAAAAACUUAGUGCGCCAUCAUUUGAGGAACUAAUAGAUGAACAAUGUCGAAUCUGUUUAUGUCAAUAUGAAUUGAAUGAUAAAGCACUAAAUAUGCCAUGCAGUCAUAUAUUUCACGAAAACUGUUUAAAAACAUGGCUGGAAAAAAGUAAUUUUUGUCCACUUUGUAAGUUUGAAUUAAAGACUGAUAAUGAAAUCUAUGAAUUGUAUAAGCAAGAGUUAAAAAAUCGCCAAUCAAGAGAAGAUAACAUUGCCCAACUUCAUGAAUCUAUGUUUUCAUAAAAAUUAUAAUGUAUAAACAAUAAUCAUUCAUAGUGUGUAUAACAUAGGUACUUAUUUUAUAUAGUACAGUUAAUACAGACAUUGUACAUUAGUUAAGUGGUUAAAAAAUGAAAUUUUAUGAUUUUAAUAGGAACAUUCAAAACUAAUUUUAACAUUAAACAUUAAACUUUACCUUAUAAUAUUCCAGAUUAUCAUAACUCAUAAUUAUUUCUAACUUUUUUUUAGAAAAUCUCAUUUCAAAUUAAGUUUAGUUUUAAAUUUUUAUUUUUUACUAAGAACUAUAUUUUAUUCUAUAAAUUUGUUUCUAUAUUAUUGUAUUAUUAUUAUUAUUAUUAAUAAAUUACUUUUUUUUAUUU